AAUUAUUAAUGUGUGCAGAUGUAUCGGACGGUGAAAACCGCCGAUAGAGCAGCGGCCUUUUCAGGACAAUCUGAUGUCCAUGAAAAUGCAUCAUCUGUGGAUGCCACUGAAGACAUAAUUUUUUAUCUUCAGAACCCAAGAAGGUCUGGUGAUCAGCUCUUAUCAGCGCAGACUAUUCAUGUUCAAGAUAACAAGGACUCGUGGGAAAAUUCUUCAAGCACGGGAGAAACUUCGCUGCAUGCAAUCGGGGCAAAUAUACAAUCUCUUGAUGAUCAGGAGGCUGAGGGCAACAUAGGGCAGUGGGAGCAGCAGCGACUGCAGCAAGCAGGAGCCAGAGCAACAGAGGGUGCAGCAACUGCAGAAGCAGGAGCGGGUGUAGAAGCUACAGAAGUAGGAGUGAGAGCAGUAGCGGCAGCAGCAGCUGCAAAAGCAGGAGCGGGAGCUGCAGCGGCUGCAGCAGCUGUUGCUGUUGAGGAAGCAGGUGCAGGAGCUACCGCAGCUGCAGAAGUGGCAGCCAGAGCAGCAACGGCUGCAGAAGCAGAAAUGAAAUCUUCCUACUAUUAAUUGAAUCUAUUAAUCACUUUUAAUUCAUUAUUAUAUUAUGUCUCUGAAUGGAUGGGUGCUCCCAUGGGGAUGAGAAUCAGGUACUGACUGAAGAAAUCAAAAGAAAAAUAGAAUUCGGAUCUUCUGCUUUGAUUUUCUCUGAUAGGAUCUACUUGACUUCCACUCCCCACAUGCCACAUCAUUUAAAUUUCAAUCCAAAGGAUUUAAA